AGUGAACGCGGUUACAGCAAUUGCAUACACAAGCGAAGAGCGAACAAAGAGUGUGAACGAUUGCAAAUACGUUCAAUAUGUUGGCAUACGAGAAGUAAUGCUACUGGAUUUGUACUCAGUACGCGCUGUGAAAUGAAAUCGAUUAGUCAUUCCAUUGAGCUCGCACACAUGUGUUCGACACAACCAUAAAUAUCACUUAUUCGAAUUAUGGUAGAUAUCAUAAUGAUCAGUAUUUGAUGAAUACUUGACAACUGAACAGCACGAUUGCUGCGAUUCGUACCCGUCAUUUUGGUUUUCUAUGUGCUGUACAUAUGAUUUCUAUUCAUUUUCAUUCAUUCCGAGUUAUUCAUUGAACUUGAAACGUAUCGAUUCGGAAUAAUUUAAGUGGUAACAUUGAAAUGAGUUAAAGUUUAAGUCAUAAAAUCGGUGUAAAAACGACGACGACCAAACGUGUAAUUGCAAACGGAAAAUUGGCAGUUUUAUAGUUAUCGGUACAUUUGUGUUUUGAAACCGUUUAAACGGUUUGUCUUCACCACCCAGAAAGAAAAAUCCACCACUGACGUAAUGUGGUGACAGCCCUACAUUGAACAGAUGAUUGGUAUUUGGGCAAACCAAAAAAUGGCUGACAGUGAAAUAGAGGAGGCAAAAAACCUCCAAAUAGAGUUCGAAUGGGUCCUACAUGUCGAGGUUCAUUCGGUUCUCAGGAAUCUCCAUUCACUGCUUGUGGAAUGUGCACACCGAUUCCCGGUGUCACUAUAUGGCAACGAAGGUGGCAAACAAGACAAAUUCAUACUGACAAUUCCACAAGAUCAAUUAAAAUGCGUUGUCACGCUGACGGGUGAUAGCAUAUCGCAAGCAGACAUCAGCUUUAAACGAACGCCAAAUGUGUCACAGCGAACGGCUAUCAAUCCGGAAUCACCGUGGAAAUUGCAGCAGAUUCAAGAUGCCGCCAAUCAUCUGCAAGAGGCAAUUCAUCACAUUGAUGACGUCGACAGCGCCUAUCAUUUUAAGUCUUCGGAUGAAGUGCUACAUAUUAUAAGCAAUAUUUUAGAAGCGUUGCAACGGGCCAGAACCAGUCUUGUCAUUCCGAAAAAGAAACCCAUUGACGAGCUUAUGAAAAGUAGAAAUAUGAAAUCCUUGGUACCCAAUUUACCAGACGAUUUAGCAAUCAGUUUUUAUUUGCAAAGCCAUAAGUUAAUAUUUGCCGUGUACCAACUGACCAACGUACAGGGUACGAUGAAAUUUGAUUCUUUCCAAGCGGAGUGCUCGGUUCCAUGGGUUAAUGAAGUUUUAGUUUUUCUCACUGUUGCACUGCAGCUCUGCCAACAGCUGAAAGAUAAGAUUUCGGUGUUUUCUCAAUACAAAGACUUUACUGUGAAUUCUCGUUCACCGUCAGCCACAUUUUACUAGAGAUUAUGGCAUCACAGAAAAACCAAAGCCGCACUUGUUUUAAUGAAUGUUUCACGGAGCUUCAUAAAUGUACGCCAGCAACAAUCCAUUGAAUAUCAUAAUUAUAUAAAUACCUAGUAGUGUUUUUAUUUCUAUUGUAAAUUUAAUGCAAAUCAAUUGAAAAUCUCCGAUUUUUUGUUCGUAUGUCUCAAUAUCAAAGCACCAAUUGAUUUGUCUUAGUAGAAAUGUGUUUGAACCAAAAAAAAAAUAAUUAGGGUUUGCUCAAUUGCACAAAUGCUAAACAAUGUGCAGUGCACACAUUUUGCAAAAUUAAGGUCAAAAAUCGAUGAAUUUUUUGUUUGUCGUACGAAAAGACCAAUACCAUUAGUAUCGUAAUUACGGUUUACUUAAAUUCACCAUAAUUACUUAAUUUUAAAUUGGAUAUUUUUUUCUUUCGUCGCAACACCAAAAAAAAAACGAAAUGUAAAUAAUGACUUAGCAAAAUUUAUCCUAUUUCGAAAUAGAUCAAUUAUUUAUUAACAAUGCGAACAUGUUCUGUGAGUCUCUGAGCUUAUAAUGUUUCACUAAUUUUAAGUCGUAAAAAGAAAGAAAGGAAAAAAAACAUAUUCGAACAUGGUUUCAUAUUUGCGAAGCUGUUUAUUGGCAGCAUAAAAUUAGGUAACACACAAAUUGUUUUUAGCUUGUACUUUCCGAUGAACAGAAUGACGUAUUUGGUCCAAAAUUAGAAAGAAAACGUGAUGAAUUCGAUACAAAAAUAAUUCCAAAAAGAACAAGACUAGAUCUUGAUCAAACGUAAAAGUAAAAAGUUACUAAAAAUGCUUACCAACUCAUGCGCUACCUUCUAUUUAUUCCAUAAAUAAGCCACACCAACAUAUUUACAGUGUAAGUGAAAAUGAAGGAAAAUUCAAUGUUGAACGUAUACCAAUUAUUUUCGUUCGGCAUAGACACCAUUUUUAUUUUAUUUCAUAUACACAUUAUUUUUCAUAUUCAAUCGAAACAAAUGAAAUAUUUGUGUUCAAUUUAUAUGUUACUUUUAAAAAUGUUCAGUGCUUAAAUUGAAUGAGGAAAUUUAUUGAGAAGGAUUUGUUUCAAUUAUGGAGAUUACAAAAAAAAAAUUAUUAAUUCGGGAAAGGAGAUAUUUAUUUUUCUCUGAAUCAAUUAUACACGAUUCGAAUUGAUGAUUUGUAAACUAUUUUUACUUAAUUAAGAUAUCAUUCGGUUUUUAAUUAUUUUCAAAUUAAACAAAUUUGAAUAAAUUCCAGCUCAAUAUUGA